CCCCCGACUUUUUUUGCUUUUUUUUUUGCGGCGACGCGAGGCGUCGGGUGGCGGCCUUGUUACCGAUUGCGCGGUGCCACGUCACCGGACUUUCCGAAGGGCUUUCAAGUCGAGACUGCAGACAAAAUUUGCGUCUUCCAAGUUGUGGUGAAUUUUCCGGAUUUCUCCCUUCCAGGAACCCGCAACCCCGGCUUCACCUUUGUCUAAGGAAUUCCUCACCCAAGAAACAAUAAGCUAUCAAAAUGUUCAACUUUUUCGGCCUCAUUUCCAUCAUCAUCUUCUACGUCCUGAUUUUGAUGGUCGGCAUUUGGGCUGGUCGCAAACGGGACAAAGAUGGUGACUCCGAGGAAGAAGUAAUGCUUGCUGGCCGGAACAUCGGCCUCUUCGUCGGCAUUUUUACCAUGACUGCUACCUGGGUCGGCGGCGGUUACAUUAACGGCACGGCUGAAAUGGUCCUGACACAGGGUGUUUUGUGGUGCCAGGCUCCCUUCGGAUACUCCCUCAGUCUAGUAUUUGGUGGGAUAUUCUUUGCGAAUAAAAUGCGAGAGCAAGGAUACGUAACCAUGCUGGAUCCUCUGCAAGAUUGUUUCGGGGAACGAAUGGGUGGACUGCUCUUCAUUCCAGCACUUUGCGGAGAAACUUUCUGGUCCGCUGCCAUUCUUGCUGCUCUCGGUGCGACAUUGACGGUUAUUGUUGACAUUGAUCACAAGGUGUCAGUGAUUGUUAGCGCCUGCAUUGCGAUCUUCUACACGCUUUUUGGUGGGCUUUACAGUGUUGCCUACACGGAUGUCAUCCAGUUGAUCUCAAUCUUCAUAGGAUUGUGGCUUUGCAUUCCGUUCGCAUGGAAUCAUCCGGCUGUCGGUGACGUCAGUCCAUCCCAGCAAGACUGGCUUGGAACCGUGAACAAAGAGGAUUACGGGAUUUAUUUUGACACCUGGAUGCUGCUAAUUUUCGGUGGAAUACCAUGGCAGGUUUAUUUUCAGCGUGUGUUGUCCAGCAAGUCAGCGAAAAGAUCUCAAAUUCUCUCAUACGUCGCUGCAGUUGGAUGCGUUGUCAUGGCGAUCCCGUCGAUCAUCAUCGGAGGAAUUUCCAAGGCAACUGCAUGGGACGAGACAGCGUUUUGCAACAAGUCAGCCACCAAUUGCGUGGAUGGCAGGAUUUCUCCUCAGCAAGCCAGCAUGGUUCUACCGAUUGUUUUGCAAUACCUCACCCCGGGUUUCAUCUCUUUUGUCGGCCUCGGGGCCGUAAGUGCAGCUGUAAUGUCCAGCGCUGACUCUUCUGUGUUGGGAGCCAGUUCUAUGUUCGCCAGGAACGUGUACAAACUUGUCUUUAGGCCAAGGCACUUGUGCAACACCUACGGGAGUUUAGCUGCGUAUAUUGUGGGAGCUUUCUUCAGGAUCGCCGGAGGGGAAGACAUGCUGAUGCUGCCUCCGUUGAUCAAGUAUCCCUACUAUGAUUAUGAGAACAAAGCCCAAAAGUUCCCGUUCAGGACACUGUCGAUGACACUCUCCCUACUAACCCUGCUGGUCGUUUCCUGGGUCUUCCGAUAUUUGUUCGAGAAGGGGAAGCUUCCUCAAAACUACGACGUUUUCAGGUGCAUCGUCAACAUUCCCGAAGACACCCAGAGGGUUGCGGAGCCAACCGAAGGCGAGAUGGCAGUCAUGAACCACUCGCUGAUGAAAAGGUAUUCAUCGACGGAGGAGGCGAACGGGAGGGUGAACCCAGCCCUGGAUCUCGACAGCGAAAGCGACACCAGUCCCCGAACUGAGCACCCCAUCAAGGUGCCAGGCGGGAUCCCGAUCGAGAACGAGUUACCCGUUUCCAAGCAGAAGAAGUUCCAGGACAAGACGAACGUGGUGUCACCGUCGAAAAUCCCCCUGACUUCCGGGGAACCCGCUGCGAGGAACCAGACAAAGUUCUAGACAGCUUUCCGGACGUGUCAUGUACCACAGGGCUUUCAUUCUCCAGGAGUUCUGCUCGCUAUAUAAAGUUGUUUCAUAUCGAGAGACGCGACGAGCGCCAAGCACAGUGUCUUGGAAUGAUCUCAAAGCAAUUACUAGCAAAUCCGCCGAAAGCGAAGGAAAAUCCAGUCCAGACUCAGUUGCCUGCUAGUACUUUCACAAAUCGUCCCGCAUUUCUAGUCUUUCAACAGAACGAUUACCAGGAAACUAUGAAAGCAUGGUUGCUGUGAGGAAGGCUUAAACUUAAUCGGGUGAGGAUGAUUACACUGUGCAGAUAUCGGCGAUUACCAUGUCGAGCACUGGCGAUAUUGAGUGGCUGUAUAGCUUGAGUUAUUGGAUGUUCAGUCUGCUUCUGUAAAUUUAACACGAGGAUAAGUUGAUUUACAGGGACUGCAUUCCAUUCCGAACAACGAAUUUCAGUGAACAUCACAAGAAAAAAGAACAUGUUCGGAAGGCAGGUCGAGCGUGGCUUUAAUUUCGGUCAACUUCUGUAUACUGGUUUUUGUCUCGGACGUGAUGUAAUCGGCUUCAAACGCAAGCCGAAACCUUGUUGGUCAAAAAGCAGAUAAAAGUAGAUCAAAACUUCUGGUGGUGCUAUGCUCUGCAGUCACUCUAGAACAAGAAGAAAGAAGGUUCGAAGACAUCGGGGAAAAUCUCAUGCUUCGCAGUGACACGAAAAUUCGAGUUACCACAAGAAGGAUAUACUGCGUGCGUUUGCAUCGCUUGCGGGCGUGGUACAUAGGGAUUAUAAGAUUAUAGUCUUGGUAUCCAGGGCAUGGCUCAUGGCAGAAUAAUGUUUCAGUGAUGCGCAACUUCGUAUCAUACGCUUUUCAUGGUGUUUUAUGCAUGCAGACAGUCGAUCAUGACGCCUGCUGACAAAUAUCUUUGAUCUUGAAAGUGUCCUGCUUUUGUUGCAGGGAAAAGCGAGAGUUCACUUGCCGGAAUCCUCAGUUUGUUGUUAGACCUCAUCCGCGAAUUUAUUUUUGAUUGUUCGUGACAUUUUUUGUGCAGAGAUUUUGAGAUAGAAGUAUUGAUAGCACAUUGUUGACCCGCUUUGGUCGCAGUUUCAACAGGAAGCAAUGCACGGAAGGCCAGAAAACUUUCCCAACCAAACAGAAUUUCCCUGUGUUGUUGAAGCAAUUUUUUUUAGUACACCGAUUUGCGGCAUAACUGUGCAUAUCAAGAAAGGAUUCCGAAAACUAUGUUCUAACAAGGAUGAAUGUAUGUUGUUGAAGUACAUUGAUGUUGCAUCGAUUAUUACGUUGCUGUUCAAUACGUCACGUGACAUUUUGCGAAAGAAAAAAAAAAGAAAACUGCACAGGAU